AUGGGGUGGAAGCCGGCACAAACGGCGAUCCGCGCGUGGAAGAUUCUGCGCGGCGACAAGGUCAUGGUGAUGGCGGGCAAGGACCGCGGGCAGACGGGCACGGUGACGGCUGUGCUCAAGGACAAGAACCGCGUCGUGGUGGAGGGGCUGAAUCUGGCGAAGAAGCACGUGAAGAAGUCAGCGGACUCGCCAGGGGGAGUGAUCACAGUGGAGGCGCCCAUCCACCUCUCCAACCUCUCCCUGCUCGACCCUCACACCGGAGCGCCAUGUCGGGUGGCGUUCCGCUACACGGAGGAGGGCGCCAAGGUGAGGGUGGCGGCGGGCAGGAGUGCCUCAGGGGCCGUCAUCCCUCGCCCUGAAAUCCUCAAGAACCGCCGUACACCGCUCCCCACCGAAG